AAUACGUCGAAGGAUCGCGUUCCAUCCCUCCCACUCUUCCCCACCCCACUCCAAAUAUAUACGAGAGCUCUCCUCCAAUGCCCAUCCUCCCUCUCCCUCCUCCCCUGCAGCCUGUUUUACCAUCACAGCAGCCACUGACCAUCAGCAGCAGCUAAGCUCAGGUGAGCUAGAGGAUUAACCAGCAAGCCCCACAGCCAUCACCUCUCCUGAGUCCUGAGUCCCAAUCAGUCAAUCAAAGCUUGCUAAAGAUAACCGCACUAUUGUUAAUCAACACUAAUCCGCGAGGCUAACCGCCCGCGUCCCCGGAGCACGGAAGAAGGCAGAGGAGGACACGUUUCGGAGGCGCGCGCACGAGGGCCGAGGCCAUGGACGCGUUGAGGUUCGUGCGCGGCGCGGCGCCGCCCCAGCCUCCGGUAGCGUCGCCGGCCUCGGUGCCGCCUGCUGCCCAGCGGCGGCAGCCUCUGCAGCAGCCGCACGCGCCGCCGCUGCGCCUGUGGCCGCGCGGCGGCGGCGGCGGAGGGGGAGAGAAGCCGGCCGCGGCGGGCGGUGCAGUUCGCGGCGCGGAGUCGGGGAGUCCGCGCAAGGAGGAGACGGACGAGCGGAAGGCAGACGAGGGGAGGCAGGGGAACUGGGUGCUGCAGAUGCUGCGGGUGCAGCCGCGGUGGGUGGAGGCGGCGGACGCGGAGGCCACCGGCGGCAGCGGAGGCCAAGAACCGGAGGCGACCGGCGGCGGCGGCGUCGAAGAGUGCGUUUCUUGCGGCGGCGGUGUCGAGGAGGAAGGCUGCGCCGUCGGGGACGACGAGAGCGACGGCGAGGUGUUCGACCGCGCGUCGUUCUCGAGGCUCCUGAGGAAGGUGUCGCUCGGGGAGGCCAAGGAGUACUCCAAGAUGUCCUACCUCUGCAGCAUCGCCUACAUGAUACCCAGGAUUCAGCCAAAAUGUCUCCGAAGGUACAAUUUGCGGUUUGUGACUUCGUCAGUGCAAGAGAAGGCCAGAACAAGUCCUGAUGAGAAGCAGGAGAUUUCCACUGGGAAAACUGAUUCCCCGGAUCAAGAAUCUGAAGUUGUCGAGAAUGCUGCAGUGGGGAGCAAGAAGAAAGGAAGUGGCCUGGGGAUAAACCCCUUCGGCGCCUACCAGUUCAUGUCGUCGUCUGCCUCUUAUUUGCAUUCCCGGGCAAUGGGCAUUAUGCCCUUUGGUUCCAGAAACGAUGCCAAUAACGAUCCAACAAUCAUAGCCAUUGUAAAUGGCGAGAACGGUGAAGGGUUAACCGUGGACGAAGCCUCAUUUGUAGCCACGACGAAUUCAGUAACCUCGAUGGUUGCGGCGAAGGAAGAAACACGACAAGCUGUCGCAGAUGAUCUGAAUUCAUUGAGAUCUUGUCCCUGUGAAUGGUUCGUUUGUGAUGAUGAUCAAUGCAGCACAAGAUACUUUGUGGUUCAGGGCUCAGAGUCGAUGGCUUCUUGGCAGGCUAACCUCUUAUUUGAACCUGUCAAGUUUGAGGAGCUCGACGUGCUCGUUCACAGGGGAAUAUACGAAGCUGCCAAGGGAAUAUAUCACCAGAUGUUGCCAUACGUGAAAUCUCACCUGAAAAGCCAUGGUAAAUCUGCAGCGUUGCGGUUCACCGGCCAUUCUCUCGGCGGGAGCCUGGCUCUGCUUGUGAACCUGAUGCUGUUGGUGAGAGGAGAGGCUCCCGCUUCCGCAUUGCUGCCUGUGGUCACGUUCGGUGCGCCAUGCAUCAUGUGCGGCGGCGACCACCUGCUUCGUAUACUUGGGUUGCCGAGAAGCCACGUCCAGUCGAUCACGAUACAUCGAGACAUCGUUCCCCGGGUGUUUUCUUGCAAUUAUCCAGACCAUGUUGCGAACAUUUUGAAGCUCGCGAAUGGGAAUUUCCGCGGUCAUCCGUGCCUCACGAACCAGAAGCUCCUGUACGCGCCAAUGGGGGAGGUGCUCAUCCUGCAGCCGGACAAGCGGCUCUCCCCGCACCACCACCUGCUCCCGCCGGACAGCGGCAUCUACCACCUGGGUGACUCCUCGUCGUCGGGCGUCUCCCUGGCGCAGCUCCGGUCCGCGGUGUCUGCCUUCCUCAACUCCCCGCACCCGCUGGAGAUCCUCAAGGACGGCGGCGCCUACGGGCCCCGGGGCUCCGUGUACCGCGACCACGACGUGAACUCGUACCUGCGGUCCGUGCGCGCCGUGGUGCGCAAGGAGGCCCGGCGCGCGCGGGAGGCGGAGCGGGAGAGGCUGCUCCUUUUGUGGCCGUUCGGCGUGUCGUCGUCGGGCGCGGGGCGGAGCGGCGGCGGCGGCCUCGUGGACGCCGCGCUCCAGGGCGGGAGGGAGACGGCGAGGCGGGUGCAGAGGCACGCGCGCCUCUUUGUGGUGCUCCUAGCCGUUAGAUUGCGGUGAUAGGUUUACGCCGGUCCGAUCCGUUCGUUCGUACACCGAUACACGAUUCUUUUACGUGAAUGGAAAUGGAAACUUCGAUC